AUGUCUUCCCAGCGACAUAAUUUGCGGGUGUUUACGUCCCAAGACUUGUACAGCAGCCUCAACGCCAACCUAUCUUACAAGGACAACCGGCCAUCAACACCGGUCCGCCGCAUCCAGGAGAACGACUACACCGUGCCUGCUCCUCCGCCACCAAGCCCUGCAUGCAGCACACUUGGUGACGAUGCGUCACACUACUAG